AUGGCAGACGACGUUGAAUCCAAACUGACCGAAAUGAACAUUGAAGCUAAAGAGGAAGAAGAAUCUGAGGAUUUUGUCGAUCCAUGGACUGUUGCUAGUUCGUCGGUUAAAGGCGUUGAUUAUGAUAAACUUAUAGUCAAAUUUGGUUGCAACAAAUUAGACCAAGACUUGCUUGAUCGAAUGGAAAAAAUCAUAGGCAAGCCAGUUCAUCAUUUCCUCAGACGAGGCAUUUUCUUUGCUCAUAGGGAACUGAAAAUGGUUCUUGACAUGUACGAGAGUGGCAAACCAUUCUAUCUAUACACAGGUCGAGGGCCUUCUUCUGAAGCAAUGCAUCUUGGCCAUCUCAUCCCAUUUAUUAUGACCAAAUGGCUCCAGGAUGCAUUUGAUGUACCACUGGUCAUCCAAAUGACUGACGAUGAAAAGUUUCUGUGGAAGGAUUUGACUUCGGAUGAAGCAAGACGAUUGGCUGAUGAAAACAUGAAAGAUAUCAUUGCGAUGGGCUUUGACCCCGAAAAGACUUUUAUAUUCUCAGACUUUGAGCACAUGGGGCAAAGUGAAGCAUUUUACCGUACAGUGGUGAACACCCAAAAGCUAGUCACCUUCAACCAAGUGAAGGGGAUUUUUGGUUUCACUGAGAGUGAUAGCAUUGGUAAAAUUGCCUUCCCAGCUGUCCAGGCUACACCAGCUUUCAGUUGUGCUUUCCCAGAAAUAUUCAAUAAUCGGAAAGAUGUCCCCUGCCUUAUCCCUUGUGCCAUCGACCAGGAUCCUUAUUUCCGGAUGACUCGUGAUGUAGCCCCUCGAAUGGGCGCCUUGAAGCCUUCAACUAUGUACUCUGUAUUCUUUCCUGCUCUACAAGGUUCUCAAAGUAAAAUGAGUGCCAGUGAUCCAAAUUCUUCAAUAUUCCUCACAGACACGAAUGCUCAGAUCAAGAAUAAAAUUAAUAAAUAUGCAUUCUCUGGUGGUGGUGCCACAGUUGAAGAACACAAGGCCAAUGGCGGCGAUUGUGAUAUUGAUGUUUCCUUCCAAUAUCUUCGCUUUUUCUUAGAAGAUGAUGAACGUCUUGAACAGAUCAGAAAGGAUUAUUCAAGUGGUGAAUUGUUAACAGGCUAUCUCAAAAAAGAGUUGAUCGGAAUUCUUCAAAAGAUCGUCUCCGAGCAACAGAAACGCAGAGCAGAAGUGACUGAUGAAACGAUCAAGCUUUUCACUACACCCAGAAAACUCAAAUAUGAUUAUUAA